GUUCCGCUGUUUUCUCAUUGCUGUAACGGUCAUGAGUCUGGCAAUUUUUGACUUUGUUGGAUCCUCAUUUUCACAUUUGGGAUCCCUUUUUACAUAUGGGCAGGUGCAAGAGAAUUCUACCUCAACAACAACCAUUGCAACCACCACAACAACAACUACCACCACUACCACAACAACCACCACCAGCACGACCACAACCACUACUACUUCACAUGUCAAAAAAUUUAUAGCAGCCGCUGUCCACUCUCACUUCGAUGACUGCCCUGACUCCCAUAGCCACUUCUGUUUUCAUGGCACAUGCCGCUUUCUCAUACUGGAGGAAACACCUGCAUGUGUAUGUCAUCCUGGCUUUAUGGGUAUGCGAUGUGAACAUGCAGACCUCUUGGCAGUGGUGGCGUCUAACCACAGGCAACAGACUGUGGCCACCAUGCUGGUGUUGUGUGUGGUGGGCAGUGUUGUACUCAUGCUGCUGUGCACGUUACUAAAUUGUUGGUGGAGACGGGGUGGUUGUGGGCGAGGUAACACCAUUUCGUGUUGGUCGGAGAAGCCUAGGAGUAUUCUGACUGGUGGGACAUCCUGCUGUCACUCAGAAACAGAAAAUGUUCCUUACGCACAAGUGGUCUGACAUGCGUUUUCUGGAGCUUACGCAGGUGCUCUCUUAAAAAUGAGACCAAAAAAUCUUAAUCCUGGACUUCACUAUGACUGCGUUUCUCAAACUACAGACUGGCACAGCUGGUAAGCGCAGUACAUAUUGAGAGCAUUUCGAUGUGGGCAGUGAGAGAACUCAAACAUGGAACUUUACAUUCAGACUGACUGAGUCAUUCCUAAAAGGAUAUUUUUGGAAGAACAACAGCAAUGACAAGAGUUAAAGAUGGAACUCAAAAACUGAGAAACUCUGAAAGAAGAACUCCGAACAAGCUACAUGGAACUCAACUAAGGAUCUAGUGAUGUAGAGACAUGGCCAUUUGGAAUAAGGUACAGUCGAUGGCCAAAAAAAACCAAACAACUGAUCUGAAAGUGAGAACUUUGAGAGAGGUUUUAGAAAAAUCAUUCUUACUAACAGAGCUUACCUUAAAGCUAUAAUUAUCCUUAUAGAUGUAUAAGACAACAUUCUCCCAGUUUUUGUCUUUUAAAAUACUGUUAUCAUAAAAAAAACACUAAUAAUAUGCCAUUAAUGAGAUGUGAAACUCACUAAAAAGUACUUUAAGAUAUAUUUUUUGAAUGGGAGAUUACUUAACAUUUGAGUCAGUCAAGUAGCAUGUAAUAUUAAAACUACAACAGACUCUUGCCAAUUUA